AUGCCUCUAUAUGUAAAAUUUCUCAAGGAACUCAUUAACAAGAAGAGGAGUUGGGAUGAAAAAGAAACUGUGAUCCUCACCCAAGAGUGCAGUGCGAUGAUUCAAAAAGGCUUACCACCGAAACUUAAAGAACCUGGAAGUUUCUUUCUUUCUUGUAUCAUUGGCAACCUGUCAAUUGUGAAGGAUUUGUGUGACUUAGGCUCAAGCAUCAAUUUGAUGCCCCUUUCCAUAAUGAAAAGACUAUCCAUAGAAGAGGUGAAGCCUACAAGAAUGUCUUUACAAUUACCUGACAGAUCAAUUAUCAAACCCAAUGGAGUAGUAGAGAAUCUCCUGGUUAAGGUGGAAAAGUUCAUAUUCCCAGUGGACUUUGUAAUUCUAGAUUUGGAUGAAGAAGGAAAUGAUUCCAUCAUGUUGCGAAGACCUUUUCUAGCCACAGCAAGGACCAUUAUAGAUGUAGAGAAAGGGGAAAUGAUCUUGAGGGCACAUGAUGAGCAAAUAACCUUGAAUGUCUUUAAGGAGAUAUAG